GGAGCGGCGAGUCGGAGGAGGCGGCGGCCGCGCGGGCACCGGACUUUUCGCGGUCGCGGGGACCUCGAGGGGCGAAGGGCUCGCCCGGGAGGAGGACCGGAGAGCCGGCCCGCCGCGCGGAGCGCCCCUUCCCGCCCCCUGCACCAUGAGCUGGGGCACCGAGCUCUGGGAUCAGUUUGACAACUUAGAAAAACACACACAGUGGGGAAUUGAUAUUCUUGAGAAAUACAUCAAAUUUGUAAAGGAAAGGACAGAGAUUGAACUCAGCUAUGCGAAACAACUCAGGAAUCUUUCGAAGAAAUACCAACCUAAAAAGAACUCGAAGGAGGAAGAAGAGUACAAGUAUACGUCAUGUAAAGCUUUCCUUUCCACCCUGAACGAAAUGAACGAUUAUGCUGGGCAGCAUGAAGUUAUCUCUGAGAACAUGACCUCACAGAUCAUUGUGGACUUAGCACGCUAUGUUCAGGAACUGAAGCAGGAGAGGAAAUCGAACUUUCAUGAUGGACGUAAAGCACAGCAGCACAUAGAAACUUGCUGGAAGCAACUCGAAUCAAGUAAAAGACGAUUUGAGAGGGACUGCAAAGAGGCUGACAGGGCACAGCAGUACUUUGAGAAAAUGGACGCGGACAUCAAUGUUACGAAAGCAGAUGUGGAAAAGGCCCGACAACAAGCUCAAAUACGUCACCAAAUGGCAGAGGACAGCAAAGCAGACUACUCAUCAAUCCUCCAGAAAUUCAACCACGAGCAGCAUGAGUAUUACCACACUCACAUACCUAACAUCUUUCAGAAAAUACAAGAGAUGGAGGAAAGGAGGAUUGUGAGAAUGGGAGAGUCAAUGAAGACGUAUGCAGAGGUCGAUCGGCAGGUGAUCCCAAUUAUCGGGAAGUGCUUGGAUGGAAUAGUAAAGGCCGCUGAAUCAAUCGAUCAGAACAAUGAUUCACAGCUGGUAAUAGAAGCUUAUAAAUCUGGGUUUGAACCUCCCGGAGACAUUGAAUUUGAAGAUUACACUCAACCAAUGAAGCGCACUGUGUCAGAUAACAGCCUUUCAAAUUCUAAAGGAGAAGGCAAACCAGAGCUCAAAUUUGGUGGCAAAUCCAAAGGAAAGUUAUGGCCGUUCAUCAAAAAAAAUAAGCUUGUGUCCCUUUUAACAUCCCCCCAUCAGCCUCCCCCUCCUCCCCCUGCCUCUGCCUCACCCUCUGCUGUUCCCAACGGCCCCCAGUCUCCCAAGCAGCAAAAGGAACCCCUCUCCCAUCGCUUCAACGAGUUCAUGACCUCCAAACCCAAAAUCCACUGCUUCAGGAGCCUAAAGCGUGGGCUUUCUCUCAAGCUGGGUGCAACACCAGAGGAUUUUAGCAACCUCCCACCUGAACAAAGGAGGAAAAAGCUACAACAGAAAGUCGAUGAAUUAAAUAAAGAAAUUCAAAAGGAGGUGGAUCAAAGAGAUGCCAUAACAAAAAUGAAAGACGUCUACCUAAAGAAUCCUCAGAUGGGAGACCCAGCCAGUUUGGAUCACAAAUUAACAGAAGUCAGCCAAAACGUAGAAAAACUGCGACUAGAGGCCCAGAAAUUUGAGGCCUGGCUGGCUGAGGUUGAAGGCAGACUCCCAGCGCGGAGUGAACAGGCCCGCCGACAGAGUGGGAUGUACGACAGCCAAAACCCACCGACAGUCAACAACUGCGCUCAGGACCGGGAGAGCAGCCCAGAUGGCAGUUACACAGAGGAGCAAAGUCAGGAGAGCGAGGUGAAGGUGCUGGCCCCGGAUUUUGAUGACGACUUUGAUGACGAGGAACCCCUCCCUGCCAUAGGGACUUGCAAAGCUCUCUACACGUUUGAAGGUCACAAUGAAGGAACCAUUUCUGUAGUUGAAGGAGAAACAUUGUUUGUCAUAGAGGAAGACAGAGGUGACGGGUGGACCCGCAUUCGGAGAAGCGAAGACGAAGAAGGUUACGUCCCCACCUCCUACGUCGAAGUCUAUUUGGACAAAAACACCAAAGGUGCUAAGACUUAUAUUUAAUACCACUUAAAAAAAAAACUUAAAAAAAAAAAUUGGAGUUGUUUGUCCCCACAACUGUGACUGUUACAGGCAGUCCUUCAACAGACUGGACGGAGAGCACCACAGUGCGCGUCUCGUGCAGUGUCACCGUGGACUCGCGGGCGUCGCACACCCGAAUUUCCUUGUCUAGUUUUGACUAUAAUCAAGGUUCACUUGCUGAUGAAAUUUUACGUGGAAAGCUGCCAACUGCCAAUUUGCAACUGUGUCAUUCAAAAUCUGAUAAACAUUUCUUCUUUUGGCAGCAUCUGCAGAUAAAAAAAAAAAGUUGCAUUCUAGCUUCUAAUCAAUAUUUCUGAAUUAAAAAGUCCUCACACAUCAUGGGGGUUCAGAAGACUUCAGUUCUCUUGUUUAUGUCCAGCAUCCACCAUAAUUGAACUAGGUUAGGGUGUUACUUUUUGUAACUUAAUAAAUUGAACUGUGCUAGUUUGUUAAAUUUUACAAUCAUUCACUUGGGAAGAAGUCAUAAGAAAUAAAAUCUUCCCCUCCUUGAGUAAAGUAAGAAAGAUUCUUAUAUUGGUACCAAAAGGGUGUAUUUUUAUUUAAAUAUGGUUGACAUCAUUGUUAGAUCUUCAUGAUUAUCCUGCUAUGUCUAUAUGAUCUCAAACAACCGAUUGAAACCUGGAAAAGUUUGGUCAAUUAACCAGUUGAUUUUUAUGUGACAUUACUGAUCCUCCAGCCUCCACCGAGAUGACGACCAGAUGUGCGAAUGCUGUUUAGACCAGGUUGUAUGAAACAAGGCCCAUCCACGCCUCAGCUCCCUUGGCUGUAAUUUUCUCACGCUCAGUUCUGUUUCUGUUGGAGGUUUUGUGGCAAGGGGAGCUGUAUUCAGUUCACACUUGCCCAGGUGGGGCUAUAAAUAGAGGUUGGUGUGGGGACAACGGCUUCCACACACAGACACAGACCUCUGCACAUCAGUCUUUAAAGGGGGGAUUUUUUUUUUUUUUUUUUUUUAAAUCAUUGGCCUCUUUAAGACCCAAAGUCUGAAUUUACUGGAAAUUGUUGUAGAAUUUCUGGCUCAUUUUAUACGAUUAACUGUAGCCAGAAUAAAAUAAAAUGUCUCACCCUCUUUAAAGAAAUCUGGGCCACAUGGGAAUUUGCAUUUUUAAAUUGGCACCGAUGUGGGAGGGUGGAUAGUGAAGUUGGUCACAUGCAUAGCUGGUUACCAAGCCCAGUGUUUGUCUUCACCGUGAGAAUCUAACCCGAGAUCACAGAGAACCAGCUGUAAAUGGGCCAGAAUGAAGGCAUCCCAUUAAGAUUCUCUUUUUAUUUGACAUUGAAAAUUAUUAAUGUCCUUUCCACUUUUAAGUAGGAAGUUAGCUCCUUGCCCCUAUAUUGUGAGCUCAUUUUGUAAAUUCAAGUCAACUUAGAGCUGAUUUUAAAAAUGACAGCAGCACACCCAGGGCCUAGAACCUGGCAGGAGUUAUGGGUGCUUGUUGCUGUGUUUCAAGAUGCUAGCAGCAAGUUUGCUUAAAUUUCACAAAGGCCACUAAAAUGGAAGUUAGUUAUCUUUACUUAAUCACAGCUUGAUUUUUUAAAGAACACUUUUGAUUUUGAAAAAAUGACAGACUGUCAGGAAAUUGCAAAGACAGUAUAGAGAGGUCACAUGUACGCUUCACCCAGCUCCCAGAGGCUACAUCUCACACGGUGCAAUAUCAAAAGCAGGAAGCUGACCUUGGUCAGCCUAAUACUUUAAAUAUAUAUUAACUUUGUAAUUCAAAUUUCUUUUGAGUACCUUUGCUGACAUAGUAUUGAUAAAGCUUCUCAUCCUGACCCCAGGCCUCUUCAGGGGGAUUGGUUCAGUUCUGCCUUGUAAAUAUUACAGCAGGAAACUCAGCUGAGCCUUAAACCACGGGGAUCUGUUUUAAUGAGCAGUAGGAGUUUGCCCGCUUUAUGCGUGUAACCAAGUGAAUGGGAGACCUAAGACAAAAAAAUAUCCUUUCUAUCCCAUGAUGAACUCAUUUCCAGACUGUGAACUACUGGAGGGGACAAACUAAACACUGAAAAAGUCUGAAAUGGGGCAAGACAAUAUUAGCCUUUUUAAAGCCUGGUGUUCUUUGCAGUUGUGGGUUAUGUUUCUUUAGAGUUGUGCAAAUUUGAUUCAGAAAAUGUCUCAGCUGGUUUUGCGGGGCAUGGGGAGGGCUUCAGUUUGGACGCAUUUAUAUAGGAUCAUUAUUUUAAAUUUAUGAUCAUUAGGUUGUACGCUUCGGUACCUAAGCGGAUGAGUCUAUGUAAUAUUGACUAAACAGUGAAAGGUAUUUUGUAGUUGCAGUUCCAUCUAGUCAAUGCAUGAAGUGUUAGAAAACACUGAAACAAUUCCCAAUCAGGGAUUUCCAUUUCCACCAGAGUAUACUUUGUUUUUUCUUCCAACAGUUCACUGUUGAAAUAAAAAAAGCAAAAUCUCACCUAUUUAUAAAGUUUUCUUUUAUUGAAAAGAUACACUGGGAGGUUAAUAAUGUGUAUGUAGAAGCCUUUCCUCCCUACUUUGUUUAUAAAUCUAUCCACCACCACCCCCAAUCACCACCCUCCUUAAAUCCAUCUGAUUUGGGCAGGGCUGCUGCUUUCUGAUGUCCAUAACGCAAAGCAGUUGUUCUAUUUUUAAUAACGGCGGUGCAUUUUGCGUGUGCGUGCAUGGUGUCUACGAUGUGCUUAUUUAAGAAUUGCCAAAAUAUUUAGAUAGAGUACCUUCCAAUCGGUCAACUGAAUUAUGACUUUCUUCUUUUGCAGUUUUGUUUUUGUUUUUUAAAAUUGCUUUCUGUUAAACAUGUCCAUAAUUCCCCCCCACAGAAUAUAUUUGUAUAUACUGCAAUUUUAAAACUAAAAGGAUUACUUGAAUUGGCUGUUUUAACCUUUUUCUCUUUUACCUGUGUGUUUCAUUGGUUAUCUGCUGCCUACUCAUCUUUUUGUUUCUAUAACUGCUGGGGAAGCAGCUACGCUGGCAGCUCAGUCCCCUGCCGGCUGCUCCACACUUGAGUUUAUUAUAGACACUUGGGUUCUGAGUAAGUUUCGUUUGAAUACAGCCAACGUGAUUGUUUCUUUCUGUUCUUAUCCUAAAAGAAAAGAAUCUGUCUGGCAUCUUUUAGUUGUACCCUCAUAUUUGCCUCUUUAAUAAACUUAUAUUUUUCUCA